AAAAGAAAAUCGCGAUUUGUUCAUUUCCCCAGUCCGAUUCGUUCGCUCAAAUGCAAUAUGGCGGACUGAGCGAAAAGAGCAGUGUUUAGUGUUGUUGUUUGUGAAAAUAUUCGCGUUUUAUGUAUGAAAAGUGCGGAAUCGUGACCUAAACCGUUCAGUUUCCAUUAGACGCCGAUUAUUAGAAGGUUUCCCACUAAACGCCGCCAAUUUCAGCAGGAAAUUCAGGAGUAUGACCACGAAUUCCUGGGCAGGCUUGUGACAUCCCUCCACUGCCUCAGACCCAUCCCUGAUGCGAUGGGGAACAAUUGCUGUUGCUGUGGAUCGUCCACCGAUGCGAAAUACAAACCUGCUGCCAAGAAUCUGAAAAAAGGGCCAACCGUGCCGGAAAUCAGACCAAUCGUGCCAACACCGGCCAUCAGCAAGCCACCAAAGCCUCAAACCCACUCGACACCCAUCACUCCCAUUAAGCCGAAGAUCGUAGUAGCCGGCUAUAGCUAUGAAGCCCGAGAUUCGCAGGAUCUUUCCUUCGUCAAAGGCGACCGCAUGGAGGUCUUGGACGAAUCUGGCGGCGACUGGUUGUUCGUGGAACACCAAAUCACCGGGCUGAAGGGCUACAUACCUGGAAACUUUGUGGCUGCCGAACUGAGCGUGGAGAGCGAAGAUUGGUUCUUCGAGAACAUUUCGCGCAAAGAGGCGGAAAAGUUGCUGCUAGGCGACGAGACCCAACCACGGGGCACGUUCCUAAUCCGUCCAUCGGAGCACAAUCCGAACGGAUACUCCCUAUCGGUGAAAGACUGGGAAGCCCAUCGCGGCUACCAUGUGAAACACUACAAAAUCAAGCCGCUGGACAAUGGAGGAUUUUAUAUUUCCACUAAUAAGACCUACGAUUCGCUUCCAGAGCUAGUCCUGGCUUACAGCAAAAACGCCUAUGGAUUGUGCCAUGUUUUGUCCAAACCAUGCAGAAAGCCAGAGCCCACCAUGUGGGACCUCGCCCCGACGUACAGGGAUAAGUGGGAAAUUUCCCGAGACGAAAUCCAGCUUCUCACCAGAUUAGGGCAUGGGAAUUUCGGCGAAGUGUUCUUCGGCAAGUGGAAGAACCAGUAUGAUGUAGCAGUGAAAACGCUGCGGGAGGGCACAAUGUCCACGCAGGCUUUUCUGCAGGAAGCCGCCAUCAUGAAAACCUUCAGACACAAAAGGCUGGUGGCCCUAUAUGGGGUUUGCAGUGAGCAGGAGCCAGUUUAUAUAGUGCAGGAGUACAUGUCGAAGGGCAGUCUUUUGGAGUUUCUGCGCAAGGACGAGGGUAAACUCCUGGAGUUUGAAGACCUUAUAUACAUAGCGUUCCAAGUGGCCUCUGGCAUGGAAUACUUGGAGUCCAAGCAGCUGAUUCAUAGAGAUCUAGCCGCGAGAAAUGUGCUGAUCGGCGAAAAUAACAUUGCAAAGAUUUGCGACUUUGGCCUGGCCAGAGUCAUCGAGGAUAACGAGUACUGUCCGAAGCAAGGAAGCCGGUUUCCGGUGAAAUGGACCGCGCCAGAGGCCAUCGUUUACGGCAAAUUCUCCAUCAAAUCGGACGUGUGGUCGUACGGAAUUCUCCUGAUGGAGUUGUUCACUUUCGGCCAAGUGCCCUAUCCAGGAAUGCAUGGCAGAGAGGUGAUCGAACUGGUCGAGCAGGGCUAUCGAAUGCCCAAACCAUCAUCGCACAGUCUGCCCGACGAGAUCUACCAGAUCAUGUUGAAGUGCUGGGAUGCCAUUCCUGAGGCCCGACCUACUUUUGAGUUCCUCACCCAUUACUUUGAGCGGUUCAACGUCACGAGUGAGGUGCCUUACAGAGAAGUGCCCGAUUAACUAGCUGGAGUGAGGGCAUUUUUUGGGUGACCAGACGGAGACUCCAUUCAAUGAACAGUUUCAACGUUGAAACAACCGCUGGUUUAUUUGGAUUGGCGGGAUUUAUAUCUCCCAUCAAUCGGUCCAAGUCAUCCAUCAACGGAUCUCAACUUAGGGUAGAAUCGAACAAUAAUAAUUCUAAAACCGUUCCAACUAUAUGAAUAACGUGCUUCUUUCCUCCUUUAAACCGUGGUUUCGUUGCGUUUCACUGUCAUUGUGAUAUCUAUAUAUUAAUUUAGUUUUGUUAAACAAGUUGUCAGCUAGUCGCCAGGGUAUCCGUAAGAUUAGUGAAGAAGUAACUGGUGGAUUCAACAGUGCGACAAAGCCGCAUGUUUCAUGCAAAUCCACCAUUGAUAAAUGUCAUAUUUUUCUACGUUAGGUAGGAAAAUACCGCGCUCCUCCUGUUUAAGCAUUUGACGUAGUUUCUCCACUCUACUUCAAUUGUAGUCUGGUCUUCAUAUACAAACUGUGAAUACUAGUGGUCAUUUUAUACUUUAGCGUAACUCUUUUAAGAGAGCGCAGCCAUUUGUUUUGGUUGAUUUCACCCAACAAGUUGAUCGUUUUCCCGCUGCGCUCAUUACCAAGUAAUUAGACUUAGACUUUCUACCAGUUUAGUUAAAUGAAAAACAGGGACUUUUAUAAAUUUGAGGUAUUCUUGCAAGACAAACUAUCUAGCGUUAUUUCGUUGCUAAAGUCGCGCUUUUUCACUCGGUUGCGUUGAUGUAAAUGUGUUUUUAUUACGUUGUAAUUCCUUCGAUUUAAGUUGCAUGUAGUUAAGGAGUCUAAAAUUAGGCGUGUUUCAUGAAAAUUUGUCUCGUUUGGGGACAAAGGAAUGUUCGUUUUUUGCAGCCAUAAAAUUGAAAGUAAGUUGCUCUUUGGGACGCUACUUCCAUCAUCACAAAAACCGCAUUAUAUCGUUUUUUUACGACUAACUAUAAGGUAUUUUUAAUUUGACUAUUUAGCCAAUACUGAACUGUUUUUGUAUAUAUAAGACAAUUAAAUACUGUGCUACUCUUGACAUA